UUCUGUUGAUAGGUGACUGGAGGCCUUGCAAUCAUAGCUACUACAUGAAGACAAGUGAAGAUGGCGGACGUGUUGAGUGUUCUUCGCCAGUACAACAUCCAGAAAAAAGAAAUCGUCGCCAAAGGAGACGAAGUUAUCUUUGGAGAAUUCUCUUGGCCCAAAAAUGUCAAGACUAACUAUGUCAUUUGGGGAACUGGGAAGGAGGGUCAGCCGAAGGAGUACUAUACUCUGGACUCGAUCCUGUUCCUGCUCAACAAUGUGCAUCUCCCUCAUCCAUCCUACGUGCGAAGGGCUGCAACCGAGAACAUUCCAGUUGUCAGAAGACCUGAUCGAAAGGGCUUGCUAUCGUAUCUCAAUGGAGAAAGUUCUACUUCGACAAGUAUCGACAGAAGUGCCCCCAUAGAGAUUGGUUUGCAAAGGCCCACACAAGUCAAACGAGCAGCAGAUGAGGUGUCAUCUGAAGCCAAAAAACCAAGGAUAGAGGACGAGGAACGAGUGCGUCUGGACAAGGAGCGUCUGGCUGCUCGACUGGAGGGCCACAAAGAGGGCAUUGUGCAAACUGACCAGAUCAGGUCACUGUCCGAGGCUAUGUCCGUGGAGAAGAUCGCCGCCAUCAAAGCCAAGAUCAUGGCAAAGAAGCGCUCCACCAUUAAGACAGACCUGGAUGAGGACAUCACUCUGAAGCAGAGGAGCUUCGUGGACGCUGAGGUGGACGUGACCAGGGACAUUGUCAGCAGGGAGCGGGUGUGGAGGACCAGGACCACCAUCCUACAGAGCACUGGAAAGAACUUCUCUAAAAACAUCUUUGCCAUCCUGCAAUCGGUGAAGGCCAGGGAGGAGGGACGCGGCCCUGAGCAGAGGCCAGCACAGAACACCACUCAGGUGGACUCAUCCAUAAGGAACAAACAGCCUGUCCCAGCUGCCUAUAACCGAUACGAUCAGGAGAGAUUCAAAGGAAAAGAGGAAACGGAGGGAUUCAAGAUUGACACCAUGGGCACCUACCACGGCAUGACACUGAAGUCUGUAACGGAGGGAGCGUCUGCCAGGAAGGCCCAGACACCAGCCCUGCAGCCCGUCCCCAGACCAGUUUCCCAAGCCAGACCCCCACCAAAUCAAAAGAAGGGCUCUCGGACCCCCAUCGUCAUCAUCCCAGCGGCAACCACAUCCCUCAUCACCAUGCUUAAUGCAAAGGACCUACUGCAGGACCUCAAGUUUGUAACGCCGGAGGAGAAGAAGAAGCAGGGCAUCCAGCGGGACAACGAGGUGCUGCUCCAGAGACGCAAGGACCAGAUCCAGCCCGGGGGGGCCACGCUCAGCGUCACCGUGCCCUACAGGGUCAUCGACCAGCCCCUCAAACUAGCUCCGCAGGACUGGGAUCGCGUGGUGGCCGUGUUUGUGCAAGGCCCUGCCUGGCAGUUCAAGGGCUGGCCUUGGCUGCUGCCUGACGGAUCUCCUGUGGACAUUUUCGCUAAAAUCCGAGCCUUCCAUCUGAAGUAUGACGAGCAGAAGAUGGACCCCAAUGUGCAGAAGUGGGACGUGACCGUGCUGGAGCUGAGCCACCACAAGCGCCAUCUGGACCGGCCCAUGUUCCUGAAGUUCUGGGAGACCCUCGACAGAUACAUGGUGAAACACAAGUCGCACCUGAGGUUCUGAGCCUGGAACGUGGCCUCCUUCCUCCACAGGUCCCGCCCCAAACCUAGCCCUCCUCCUCCCCACCAGGACUACUACUAGAAGAGAAAGGACACACACGGGCCCACAACACCCCCCCACAAGUACUUUGGGGACCCAGAAUAGACCCCUGUGUUCAGAUGCAGUCCUUCAGGAAAAUACCUUCUACCUGUUUUUCAUAGAUAGAAGCAGCAGGCACAGUAUGUCACUCUAGACAUUGGGAAGGGGAGGUUGGAGCUUCCCAUGUUUUUUUCAAGUUCUUAUGUACAAAACAAUAUACCAAAACUAUAUUUUCUAACAGCAUAGCGUUUUACUGUGGAGACAGAGAUUGAAGAGCGAGUGAGAUGGAGAGAGCGGAAGGGGGAUGGAUAGAUGGAGGUGGGGAAAACAACUUCCCAUAUUAUUUCCUUUGUGAAAUGGAUCUUAUAAAUUCCAUGUGAAACAUGAGCUGGAUAAGAAGCCCUUUGGAAAUCUGGUGGUACAAAUAAAAAUCACUGCUGGGAAUAAGGGAUACGAGACCUCAGUCAGUUUCAUUUUCCAAUGUUUUUACUUCCUUACGAAAGGAACAUUUGUGUCUACUUUUUUCCUAGCUGCGUCUGAAAUGGCACCCCAUUUCCUAAAUAGUGCACUACAGUGCUCUAUGAAGGGAAUAGGGUGCCAUUUGGGACAGAAUCCUAGUGUGAAAGAGCGUAGGUAUGCAGUCUUAUAGCCAAGGAGCAUCUGAGCGAUGUUCCAAUGCGAUCCAAAUGUGAUGAUAAAUAUAAGAGCCAAACUUUCUGAACAGACUUUGAAGAUCAAAUAAGCUAGUCUCUUAUUCUUGAUGCAUUACAAAGCUAUUUAUGAUUCAGUGAUUUAGAUUGGUACAAAUUUUCCAGACAGUAAAUCCCGCGUUUUUUUAUUUUAUUUUUUGCAACUGCACACCACUUUUGUUACUAUGUGAAGAUGUAUAGUGUUUUUUUUUUGUGGUGGGGGGUGUGGGUGGGGGGGAGGGGUGCAAAUGAAAGGAAUGUUGACGACAUUGCUUUAUUUUGAUGUGUUCACAGUGCAAAUGGAUAAUAAAAGUUGGUAGAGGGGGAAAAGUGUCUUGUCUGUGUUGCAGUUUAAAUCUCCUUUGGCUUUCUUUCCCAUGCAGAGUUGGGUUUCUAUUUGGACCAGGAGUUUUUCCUGCCCUCAUGAUCUUAUCAGGAAAAACUGUGGGUACUACAGUAGUUAUUCCUGGUAAGGUCAUAACGAUAGGAAAACUUCCUAUAAACACAAAUACAGCAAAAACAUAAGGUUUUUCAUUGAGCUGUUUUUUUUCUUCCAUUAGGUCAGAGGAUGAGUGAGUCUAUCAGUUACUUUUACCCAUUGUACAUUUUCUGUUAUAAAACUGACGAUUGUAUUUUUGAUUUAAAUUAUGAAUUAUAGGUGUAACUGUUAGGCUACUGUUGCUUCAUGCGUUGUAUGCGUGUACUUACUGUCACUCUGGGUAGCUACUUCCCAUACCGUUACCGGUGCUUGCCAAGCGGGAGCAAAGGGCACUGUGUUCCGGUUGUUGCCGUAGUAGACUAUGUAUUACAGUAUUAAGGUGACAUCUAGAUGGUUAUCAAUAUUAGUUAUUUAUUGUGUAGGCUUCUAUCCUACUUUAAAUACAAUCAUGUGAGAGAAAAUGGCCACGUAGCUAACGUUACCACCGCACAGGCGACACGACCAUGAAUUAUACCCAGUAGGAAACACUUCAAAUCGGCAGGCACAACUCCGGAGCGUUGAGUACUGAUCGCCGGGUUAUUGACAAGUGCAUCAGCCACUAGUAAAUAACCCGUCUUGAGAGGCAACAAAUCGGCCCAAUUAGCUGAUUCGCUUUCCAUACACUCACUUAUUUCGACUCGCCCGUUCUCCGGCCGCCAUAUUGGGAUGCAGAUACCCCCUCCUCGAAUAUAAUCUAGCUAGCUAGCUAGGUCAAUUAAGGCUGCAGUGCAUUCGCUUUCUCAUCCUACGGUUACAAAUAACAACUCCAGUCAGAAUAUUAAGUAGGAGCCUACCUGUUGGCUCGUGGUCGUUGUAUCUUAUCCUUCUCAUUUAACUUAGAAUUAUGUCAUUUUAAUUCCAUUCUACAUUGAUUAGAUAUCUCCUAACAUUUGCCACACACUGAGGCUCUAUGCCUGUAGCCUAUUGCCGCUUUGAUUACUUAUGAUUGGCCAACAACAAGCUACACGCGCCACGAACCACUUGUGAAAAGCAAAGACCAGCUGCACAGGAAAUUCUUCUGGAAUGCAUUUAUUACUGAAAUUGAAUGGAAGAAUGCUUGGUUGCUCCUUCACAAAUGUUGUAUAUCAAAUAAAGUAAAAUAAAUUCACUUUAAAAUCUUGCACAAAAUGUACCCUUGCAAUAACUUGUCUAAAUUCAUGGACUUCGAGGACAUAUGCCUUUUCUGUGAUAAAGAAGGGGAAACUAUUAUACACAUUUUUUAUGAGUGUGACUCUGAAGUGAAGUAUCUACAUUUUUUAUUUCAUUAAUAAGACCCAUGUAUUUACAAUGAAAUAUGUAAUAUGUUAUUAUUCAAAUGAAAAUAAAAAUACUGAAUUAGUCGUUAAUUUCUUAAUUCUCUGGUAAAUUUUAUACACAAAAACAAAUAUUUGAAGUCUGUCCCCAAAUGCAAUAUAUUUUUUACAUGAAAUCCAAUAUUUAAUAAACUCUCGAAUUAAUCAAUAACAAAAAAACAACACUAUUCCUACAACUCUAUCAUAGGUUUGUACAUUUAUAACCCCUGACCUUAUUUUAUUUUUGGUACUUUAACUUUUGAAACUCAAUUCAUGUGUAGUGGUUUUAUUAUUUUACUUCAAUGUUAUUUUAUGUUUCUUCAGAUAAAAUAUGUGUAGUGAUGUCCUAUGUUUUUUUGUUAUUGUAUU